AUGGGCGAUAGUGUUUUAGAUAAAAGUUAUGUUUCCUUGCAAAAAAUAAGAAGUUAUAUUGUUAAAUUAAAUUACGAACGGCGCAAAACUCCAAUUUUUGACCAAAAACUCAAUGAGGCAAAAGCCAUUUACUUGGAAGUAAAAAGAGAAGUAUCCUCGAUUAAUCAAAAAAUAGACAACUCUGAACUUGAUGACUCUGAAAUCCGCUUAGUUAACGAAUUACUAGUAAAAAUUAAUAAACUUUAUGACGAGAUUCUAAAUUUUAAAGAUAAGCAAACCGAAGCAGCAGAAAUGGCUUCAUUUGAUCUUAAAGUUGCUGUUAGUUUGUUACCAAUUAUGGAUGAUUCCGAGAAUACUACGCAAAAACUUAUCGACGCAAUAGAACUUUACGAUUCUAUGCUUAAUAAUGAAGUAAAUGAUCUAUUGGGUGACAUUAAAAAGCACUUUUUAACUAUUAAAUCUGAUAGUGCUUUGCAAUUGAAGUUAUUUCGUUCUAAACAAGGCGAUAAAUCUAUUGAAAGUUUUGGAAAAGAUUUAAAGGAGCUAUUCGUUAAUUUAACAAUAUCUCAGGCAAAAGAAGAUGAAAAUGCUUACAACGUAUUGAAACCAAUAAACGAAAGGUUAGCUUUGAAACAAUUUACGGAUGGCCUUCGCAAUCAGAGACUGAGUACGAUAAUGGCUUCGCGAAAUUUUUCCUAUUUAAAAGACGCGAUUAGAGCAGCCCAAGAUGAGGAAACAACAUUUUUUAAUAGUAACCCUCAAAUUUAUACCGCUUCUAGGAGAGGUCAAGGAAGAUUUAUGAGGAACUCUAUGAGAGGUUCUUCUCAAAAUAGAGGAGUUAAUUUCAAGAAUUUAACGAGGGUAUCGGUUAUUAAUGAAAUGCUGGAGCAUGGAUCCAACAGGGCCUUUACGUUAGAAGCCUUGCCCUUUAUAUCGAAAACAGCAACUAGAGCUGUGGCCAGCAGUGUUUCACCACUUGAUGCCAGUGAUGAACAUACUGGGUACGAUGUAUCAUUAGUUUCUAGUCAUGAUGAAUGCCUGAACCCAGUCGGUGCAGACAUGGAGUCAGUAUUUAAAUUAAUCAAUUUGAAUGAUUCUUUGGAGUCGCCACGAAAACUGCCGAUCUCCGUUGAUUGGGACAAAUGUUUUAUUUGUCAGGAGCACACAAAGGAGGAGGUUGUGAAACCAUCAAAUAGUAAAAGAGUGGCUAAUGAUGCGUUCACGAGUCUUGCAAGUAAUUUAGAGAGCUUUGCGUCUCUUGGAUGUCUACCUAAAGAAGUUAACUUAGCCGUGCUUAAAGGAUUAGAAAAAAAUCUACGGGCUAACUCUGCAGUCUAUCACAAACCGUGUGCUUUGAAGUACAAUAAAACCAAGUUGGAAAGGGCUACUGAUAAAAGAAAACUUGGUCAAGAAAAUGUGCCACCUACUUCACCACUUAAGACACGCAAGACAUUGUCUUUAAGUCCUUACGAAAAGGACACUUGUUUUUUUUGUGGACUUGGAAGCUCCAAAUUUUGGCCACUGAGUCGCGUCAUGGACGAGGGAGAGAAAGUUAUUAUAAACUGUGCCAAAGAAUUAAGAGAUUCUAAAAUACUUACUAUGUCUCAAGGGCUUUGUGGGUUGAGAUUAAUGAACUAUCAUAAAAAGUGCUAUACAAAUUACGUAAAUCGCUGUAGGCCUCCAAAGUCGAACAAGACUGAAAGUAACGGUAUGGCUCAUGGGGUCGUUCUGGCUCGACUGACAAGUCAUAUGAAUGAAGUGAGGGCGGAGUCGACACAGCCCCCUGCCUUUAAAAUAUCUGAGCUCACGCGCAUUUAUGCGUCUGAAAUAGAGCAGCUGGGCGCAUCCUGUGAUGUCCACUCAACUAGAUUAAGGGAACGCAUUUUAAUGGAAUGUCCGGAUCUAGAGUCUUCUGGAAGAAGUGGACAAGAUAUUCUCAUUGCUUUUAAAAGAGAUAUAGACUGGACUAUGACAGAAGACUGA